AUGUCCAUUUCCCCGCACCCCACGCCAUUCUUCAUCCCACAGGAACGGGUCGGGGGAACUUCCGGCUUAGCGCCGCCUGCUGGUUUGCGCCGCGGGUUCGUCGCGCAGCCCCACGAUGAGCGCGCGUCGCGCGUUGUCGCGCUCGCUCCACCAGCUG